AUAUUCCCUGUUUUUGACGGGAUUUGGGUUGGUUGUGACACAGUAAAGACGAGAAACCUUACGGUGAAAACCAGGGUCAAAACAGAAAAAGUCGUCUGCAGUGUUCCGAAUAGUCCAACUAGCGGGUGGAUGGCCGAAUAAUAGAAUACCAAAAAAAAUAUAUAAACGAAGAGUCGGACCUGAAUUUAUCUUCUUGUCGUACAUAUCCUGCCGCACUGACUACAAAUUAGGUUCAUUAAAUCUUCCCAAAUGCUUCGUUUUACCCAAAAAUAUGAAAUGAUAACAAAACUGGACCCCCGUCAGGGAAUGUCAAUGGACGCGUCGAAACUUCUCGAAACCAAUCAGCUUCAGUUUUAGAAAAUCUGAAAUCGCGGGUGAUUUGAAAGGCGUUCUCUGAUUGGUCUGCGAGUCAGCCCAGCUGGGACACCGCCGAGCUGUAGUAGCCGAGCUGUGCGUUGAGGAAAAACAUGGCGAACAAAGAAGGGCAUGGGAAGGGAGAUGACCUACAGGAACUAGAAGAAAGGGAAGACAUGAACAAAAGACUGGAUGAGGUAGUGGCCAUGCAGAAAACAAUUUCUGAAAAUAUUGCGGUGAUGCAAGAGAGAGUGGUGGAGAGGGGAAUGCAGAGGCUGGAUUUGGGAAAAGAGGAGGAGAUGUCCCUACAAUCAGAAUGGAUAAAGGCAAAUACAGCAACAAAUGACAAGACAUGCUACAGGUGCGGCGGCCGCGGCCACUUUGCUCGCGUCUGCCCGAGUGAACCAGAAGGAAACUACAAUCCAUUCAGUGAUGGAGGACAGGGGUACCAGGGAAGGAGAGGUGGAGGCGCAGUGAGGAGGGGGGGAUAUGGGAGGGGACGGGGGGGAUAUGGGAGGGGACGGGGGGGA